UUGAAAUUCCUUAAUAGAGCAAAAAAAAAAUUUUUUUUUUUUAAGAAAAAAGAGAUGGGAAGAGCAUUUGUAUAUGUAAUCCUUGGAGGAGGUGUAGCAGCUGGAUAUGCAGCAGUUGAAUUUGCAAAAAGAGGGGUUUCUCAUGGUGAACUCUGCAUUAUUUCUGAAGAACCGGUUGCCCCAUAUGAGAGGCCUGCUUUGAGCAAAGGCUUUUUACUUCCCGAAUCUCCUGCACGCCUUCCAUCAUUUCAUACUUGUGUUGGUGAUAAUGAGGAAAGGUUAACUCCAAAAUGGUACAAGGAACAUGGGAUUGAAUUAGUCCUUGGAACUCGAGUUAAGUCUGCUGAUGUGAGACGUAGAAAGCUAUUAACAGCAACGGGGGAGACUAUUAGUUACAAGUUCCUCAUCAUUGCCACAGGUGCUCGGGCUCUGAAGCUUGAAGAAUUUGGAGUGAGUGGAUCAGAAGCUGAAAAUGUAUGCUAUUUACGAGAUUUAGCAGACGCAAACAGCCUUGUCAAUGUGAUGCAAUCUUGUUCUGGUGGAAAUGCUAUAGUCAUUGGUGGUGGGUACAUUGGAAUGGAGUGUGCUGCAUCUUUGGUGAUCAAUAAAAUAAAUGUAACCAUGGUUUUCCCUGAAGCACAUUGCAUGGCUCGUUUAUUUACACCGAAGAUUGCAAGCUAUUAUGAGGAUUAUUAUCAAUCUAAAGGAGUUAAGUUCAUUAAAGGAACUGUCUUGUCAUCAUUUGAAUUUGAUUCCAGUGGGAAGGUUACGGCUGUUAAUCUUAGAGAUGGAAGUCGGCUACCUGUAGAUAUGGUUGUGGUGGGCAUAGGAAUACGCCCAAACACAAGCCUGUUUGAAGGCCAACUGACACUGGAGAAAGGUGGGAUCAAAGUGAAUGGGAAGUUGCAAACAAGCAACAACUCAAUUUAUGCAGUUGGAGAUGUUGCAGCAUUUCCGGUCAAACUAUUUGGUGAAACCCGCAGACUUGAGCAUGUUGAUGCAGCCCGAAAAUCUGCAAAACAUGCUGUUGCUGCAAUCUUGGAACCAGAGAAAACAGGCGAGUUUGACUACCUGCCAUUCUUCUACUCCAGAGUCUUUGCAUUUUCUUGGCAGUUUUAUGGAGACAAUGCAGGAGAGGCAGUGCAUUUUGGGGAUUACUCAGGGAGUACCUUUGGGGCUUACUGGAUAAGCAAGGGCCAUCUUGUUGGCUCUUUCCUUGAGGGAGGAACCAAAGAAGAGUAUGAAGCCAUAACCAAUGCCACCAGGCUUAAACCAGCGGUUGAGGAUCUGGCUGAGCUGGGAAGGCAGGGUUUGAACUUUGCUUUGACAGUUAGUAAGAAACCACAGCCGACACCACCUAUGGAAGUCAGCACUGCUAGCCUUAUUCUGGAAAAACCCAUCUUCCCCUGGUAUGCAACUGCUGGUGUUGUUGUGGCUGCAUCAAUAGCUGCAUUUGCGUAUUGGUACGGAAGGAGACGCAGAAGGUGGUGAGAAAUCAACUUUCCCGACAUCAGACAGUUCUGAUUUUCACCUGUAACAUCACUGUUGUAGCACUGAUAGAACAGAAGUCUGUCCAAAUACUUGAUAUAUGUCAUUGAUUUUUACUCAAAUCCAUGGAUACCUCAAAAUCAUUACUCAAUGCAAAAUCUUAUCCUUCAUCAAAAUUCUUGAACAAUUACCAUUCCUCUUACAAUCAUUGUC